AUGAGACAAAGACUUCAUUUCCCAGCGUGCCCCUCUCCUUUUCUCUGUGCCGGUUCGGCUCGGUUCGUUUCUAAGGUGUUUUUUUUAAUUAGCGACGCGCUUUUGGACGCGCAACACAAUAAGAUCCGGACCAAUAAAACUGUGCCGGCGCUUUCUAACUGACAUCUUAUCCGCUAUUCUUUAAAUAAAUAAAUACUGACAGUAUUUUCAGGUGUGUUGCGUCUUUUCUAGGCGUGUGGGUGCGACACGGACACGCGUGUUUGCAAACGCUCUGAUUAUUUUAAUUGUGUUUGUGGGCAGACGUUAAUUUCGGUCGACAACCCCCCCUCAAAAUAAAAAAUAAAAAAUAAAAAAAACCCGGCGACCCUUUCCCUACUUACCCUUCACCGACACAGUCCCGUUAUAAAGGGCAAAGUCUCUCUUUAAAAAACAAAGCAAAGCGAAUCCCGCCUCUCUGCUUUUGCCCUGCUUUGAAGAACUCGCUCCGAGCUGAAGCCGGCGAAACUGCAGCCCUGCUUCCGUUGUAAAAAACAAAUAAAUAAAUACAUAAAUAUCCCUAAAUCAACCGCACUGAACGAAGAGGUCGACACGGUUUGUGAAUAAUAUUGUUAUUAUUAAUAGAAAUAAUACAAACAAUGAUUAUAAAUGUGUAAGUCACCGGGUACGUUCAAUUUCAGACCGACCUUUUAAACCGCGGCACGGCAAAAACAAUUUUUUAAAAAGUUCAGUUAAUAAUGAUUUGGUUUUUUGCCGUUUCUCAACGAAGGGAUAUAAUCGAGUUAUUUGACUAUUACAGCUUGUCGUUCAUCACAAAUAAGUACACUCGAGAACGGUUUAAUUGCAAAUAAUAAUAAUAAUAAUAAUAAUAAUAAUAAUAAUAAUAAUAAUAAUACUUCGGAGCUGAUGAGAAAUUCAAACGAAAACUAAGUGAAACAAAACGCUCGCAAACUGAGAACAGACCAAACUACUUCGUGGAAGAGAGCGCGAUGGUCCCGAGCAGAGCUGCACUUCUCAGGCACUUCACCAGGGGGCGCUGGAGCUCUCAGCUGUGUCCUGCGCAGAGGACCAUGUCGUCGAACCCGGGACCGAGCGGGAGGCUGCAGGGAAAGGUGGCGCUGGUGACCGCUUCGACCGAGGGGAUCGGUUUCGCGGCCGCACGGGGCCUCGCCCAGCAGGGGGCGCUAGUUGUGCUGAGCAGCAGGCGGAAGGAUAACGUGGAGCGCGCCGUGGCCGAGCUCCGGAGCCAGAACCUCAACGUGGCCGGAACUACUUGCCAUGUGGGGAAGAGGGAAGACAGAGAGAGGCUGGUCGCCACGACAGUCCGGGAUCACGGAGGGAUCGAUAUCCUCGUCUCCAAUGCAGCCGUCAAUCCGUUCUUCGGGAAUAUUAUGGAUUCCACCGAGGAGGUGUGGGACAAGCAUAGGAAAGCAUUGAUUUUGGACGUGAAUGUCAAAGCCACGAUUCUACUGGCCAAGCUCGUCGUCCCACAGCAUGGAGGGAAGGGGCAUGGUUCAAUCGUUAUCAUCUCUUCCAUCGCUGGAUAUCAGCCCUUUCAGGCUCUGGGCCCCUAUAGUGUCAGUAAGACUGCCCUUUUAGGAUUGACAAAGGCUUUGGCCCCAGAACUGGCUCAUAUGAAUAUCCGCGUGAAUUGUGUGGCCCCGGGACUAAUCAAAACCAAAUUCAUCUGCGGUGAGUCUGUCUUUCUGUCUCUGGGGCUGGUUCGUUAUCUUCACAGAUUUUUUCCUUUCCCUAGGAUCGGAACUCCGGAAGACAUCUCGGGAACCGUAUCUUUCCUGUGUUCCGAGGACGCGAGUUACAUCACGGGAGAAACCAUUGUGGUGGCGGGGGGGAUGAACGCCAGACUUUAACCCCCUGCAGGGUUGCUGUGAUGGGCAUAUGUGGCAGUAUAGCAUACAGACUGUCCCUUCGACUGUAUUACUCUUUCAGAUCUGUUUAGAAUCGACGUGGCUUUGUCAUUGAAUGCUCUUCAUAAUAAACAAACACUUACCUGCA